UUACGAGGGUAAUAUUUCGCAGCAUUAAACAAUCUGUUACCUGCGCUAUUUACGUCGUAUACGACCUCGUCUCAAACAGUUCUUAUACAAUCAUGAUCAGUUUCUCUUUAGAGAAACGAAAAAAGUCAACUCUAAUGGGAAUCCAUACAUUGCACUCAUUUCAACGCAAAGGGUGGUAAAUUAAUUCCUCGUUGACCUCUUUGCAAUUUAUAGUCCAUCGCAGGAGAAUUGUAACAUGGAAAAUAACUGCAAGGUGUUCUGAUCGCUUUAAGGACGCUGCAAAAUAACUAUGCUUUCUUGCAUGUGCAAUUUGAGACUGAAAGAAUUCAUCGUGUAUUUUUUGGAAAAUAUUUCUUAGCAAUUAAUCAUUUAACAUCAGUUUAGACGCAGAAUGAAACCGGUUUAUUUUCGACCAAAAUCUAUUGUCCGUGUAUGAAAAAAAUACAUUAUGCGUGAUGUUUACUCGUUGUAAGUGACAGACGAAAUUUGGUUCAACUCUGUUCAAAAUUAUUAUUUUCCUGUGAACAAAGAACUAAAAUCACACUAAUCAUUUCAAUAUUUACAAAUGUGUGCAAAGUUCUGUAUAUACAAGAACCAAGUUAAUUAAUUUUUUUGUUCCUUAGACUGUAGAAAGGAGGUCCAAUUAUUUGGCGAUAAAGGAAACUUCACAAGUCCAGGUGGAUACGAAGGUUAUCCUAAUAAUACAAAUUGCAGUUGGAUCAUUGAAUCCGAAUUUGACGCCAAAAUCCUGAUCACAUUUCACGACUUUGACUUGGAGUGGAGUAAGACCUGUCUACCGUAUGAUUACGUCAAGGUCUCUGACAUGUGUAGCAAGUCCACGACUUGGUCAGAGAACCUGGGAUCACCAGACAUCUUUGAUGGAUACUGCGGUUACAUGAUGACCUUCACUGUCGCAACCCGUUGUGGGAAAGCUCGAGUGGAGUUCAGAUCAGACGGGUUUGUUACAGGCAAAGGAUUCAACGCCACUUAUAUGGUUAUUCGUAGCAUGUACAAACCGGAGAUAAUAUCGUUUUGUCCCACUGGUACCAAAAACUGCUCAACAGAAAAUGUAGUGACAGAAACCGACAGUCUGAUGCUGACGUGCCAGGUGUCGGCUUAUCCUGAGGCGGAGGUGAAUUGGUAUUAUCUGGGGUCAGACCCAGCAAAUUCCGAGCUACCACUCAACACUCGUGCGGACCGCAUGUUUGACUUUCACGAUGGAAGGCUACUGAUCAACAACCUCAAGCGAAACGACACUGGAUUUUAUAAGUGUUAUGCGAGUAACUCCUUGGGACAGGACGAUGCUGUGAUGUACCUGCGGGUAAAAGAGAAGUGCAAAUGCCCGAAGAUAAUCAAAGCCAAUUGGUACGACAUUCCACCGUACAUCAAAGACAACGGACCCGGCCGAGAACCCUCAGGACUGCUCCCGUUACUUCUCAAAGAAAUUGUUCCCGUGUGCUGUGGAAACUGCUCGGGAGGUGACGGGCCGUCGACGAUUUCCUAUGCAAACCGCCAAGACAACCUGGUAGCAAUUAGAGAUAUUCGCAACUUCGAUGUAAAUGAUACGAUCACGUUUCCAAUCAGUGGACACAAGGACGAUCGUUGGUAUCAAAGUGAGUACACGUUCAUGCCACUGGUAAGCUCUCCAGGCGUUGCUUUCAUUGUUGUUGAUGAGCCACCCGGCACGUCCGCUAACGCUGUGUUCAACUCUGUCCUGUCUGGUUGGCCUGUGUUAGUACUCACACUUCUGAUGGCUUUACUCUCUGGGAUAAUUAUGUGGGGAUUGGACACAAGGUAUAAUCCUGACGAGUUUCCCAGGUCAUUCGUCAAAGGCAGCGGAGAGGGAUUCUGGUGGGCUUUUGUUACUAUGACAACCGUGGGCUAUGGCGACCGAUCUCCCAGGGGAUUUGUGGCCCGUAUUUUUGCGAUAGCGUGGGUUCUGGUUGGCCUCGUUAUCACGUCUAUUUUUACUGGUGUUGUGACUACAUCCCUAACAGCCAUUACACUGAGUACUGACGUCAAACUGUAUGGCACUAAGAUUGCAGCAGUGGCUAAUUCUACCGAGUAUCGGCUGGGUCUGAUCAAAAACGCAAAUAUGACAGCAUACCCCGAUUUACAAUCGAUCGUGGAGCCUCUGAGGAAUCGAGAGGACGGCCUGAAGGGUGUGCUAGUCGACUCGUACGUUGCUGGAGAAAUGACAGAUUUUUCCAGCGAAGAGCUACGUGUGAAUAAGAUCAUCGACCACAACUCGUUCUACGGUAUCGUAUUCGGAGGAGGGAGGUUGUCAGAGUGGCAAUUUCAAGCCUGCUUGGAGGAAUACGUCUUGUCGAACCAAGCAGCAAUCUUUGAGACUGUCAAGCAGAAAACGCGACCUAUGAGUGAACCCGCUGAAAGCGCAGCGAUUGAACGUUCUUCCGGUUUGUUUGACGCUUCCUCUCCCUUGUUCCAAAAUGCAAUCUACUCCUGUCUUGGUCUUCUAUUGCUUUUCACGGCUUGUGGCAUUAUCUGGGAUUACGGUUAUAUGAGGCACUGGAAGAAAAGGACAGAGUUGGAUGAGCUAGAGCUGCUUGGUGGGCCCGGGUACGAACUGGCCAAGAAGAAUCUGGAUCUAAUGGAUUCCUUGAUGAAUGAGGUUCACGAGUUUUACGAAAACUGGGAGAGGAAGCUCAACGAUAUCACAGAUAAACACGAAGAAGAACAAAGGUUGCAUGCCAAACAGAAAAAGUAGAUUUAAUGCUUGCAUGGCACUCUAGUAACAUGUGAACUCUAUGAGUUGCUUGAGACUACUAAUACACAAUUUAAUACACGACUUGAAAAUUUUUAACAGUAAAUUGUCGGAAAGGAAUCGUUGACAAGCCGGUGGUAGUCGGUGAGUAUUCGGCGACCGAUGAGUUGUGGGCCGGUGUUGCUUUUGCUCUAGUUAGUGACGAGUCCAAUCAUAGAGGAUUGAUUCUGAAAGAAGCAAUCUUAAUGUAUGAGGGAUUUAUCAUAAUCCAUUGUUUUUUAACAUAAAUUUGUGUCUGUCUACACAAGUUACAAAGUAUAUCAAAGUAACUUGUAUAAGUAAAGUGAAGUAACGUAAUGCUUUAAUCACAAAGCAAAAAUAAGUUGAUAAUGUAGUUAAAAAAUAAAAUAACAUAAUCUUAAAAAAGUGUGUUUUUGUAGUGUAUAAAAUAAUCAAGUUUCGAUUUCAACGGAUACACUGAUUGUGAUAUGUUGACGAUUGAAUCUUGGCACAGUUUGGUACACGCUAUAUUUUUCCUCCACCAAAGUGGUACACA